AUGGCUGGCGAUUCUCCUUACACCGUGAAAUGGGGCAUCCUUGCCACCGGUGGCAUCGCCGAGACUUUUACCAAGGAUCUCCUCACCAACCCAGCCAUCCGUGACGUCUCCGAUGUGAAGCACGAGCUCGUCGCCGUAGCCUCCAGCAGCUCCGCCGACCGUGCUGCCGACUUCAUCAAGCGUGUUGACGGCCCCAGCUCGGCCGAGGCCUACGGCUCGUACGCCGAGCUGGUCGCGGACCCCGACGUGGACAUUGUCUACGUCGCCACGCCGCACAGCCACCACUUCCAGAACACCAUGCUGUGCUUGGAAGCCGGCAAGAACGUGCUCUGCGAGAAGGCCUUCACCGUGACGGUCGCCCAGGCCAAGAAGCUGGUGGACAAGGCCAAGGAGAAGAACUUGUUCCUCAUGGAAGCUGUCUGGACGAGGUGUUUCCCGUUGAGCAUCAAGGUGCGGGAGCUCAUCAGCUCUGGUGCCAUUGGUACCGUCUACCGCACAUUUGCCGAUCUCAGCUUUGGCAAGGCGAACCCCGACGGCUCCCUCGAUUUCCCCGACACCAACCGCAUGGUCUCCCUCGACCUGGCCGGCGGCGCCCUCCUCGAUCUCGGCAUCUACGCCCUCACCUGGGUCUUCCAGUCCCUCUACCACGUCCAGCCCGAGGCGUCCAAGGAGGCGCCCGACGUCGUCUCUGCCAUCAACAAGUACAAGACCGGGGCCGACGAGCAGACGAGCAUCAUCUGCCAGUUUCACCAGCACGCAUCCAUGGGCAUCGCCACGACCGGCUUGCGCGUGGCCACGGACCCCGAUGGCCAGAAGACAGCCGGUGCGGCCAUCCGCAUCCAGGGCUCCGAGGGCGAGAUCCAGGUCCUGCACCCGGCCUACCGUCCGACAGCCUACCGCGUGAUCAAGAACGACAGCGACGGCAAGGUUGAGGUCGUGGACUGCCCCAUUCCCACGGAUCCCCAGCGCAGCAACUGGGGCCACGGCAUGUUCUGGGAGGCCGACGAGUGCGCGCGCUGCCUCCGGGACGGCAAGAAGCAGAGCGCGUUCAUGCCCUGGGAGGAGAGUAUUGUCAUCAUGGACGUGAUGGACCAGGUCCUCAAGCAGGGCAGCGUGACGUACCCGGAUCUCAUCACGACCGACGUGUACGACGCCAAGAGCCCUCUCAACACCGGAAACCAAUAG